CUCACUACAACCUCCUGGGUUCAAGCGAUUCUCCUGCCUCAGCCUCCCCAGUAGCUGGGACUAUGGGCACCCGCCACCACACCCAGCUAAUUUUUGUAUUUUUAGUAGAGACAGAGUUUCACCAUGUUGGCCAGGCUGGUCUCAAACUCCUGACCUUGUGAUCUGCCCACCUCAGCCUCCCAAAGUGCUGGGAUUAUAGGUUUGAGCCACUGUACCCAUCCCCCCUUUUUUUAAUAACUUAUUUUUUUUUUCUUUUUUUUUUUUUGGUACAGACAGGGUUUCUCUGUGUUGCCCAGGCUGGUCUCAAACUCCUGAGCUCAAAUGAUCCUCCCACCUCAGCUUCCUAAAGUGCUGGGAUUACAGAUGUGAGCCACUGUGCCUGGCCUGACCUCCUCUUAACUGGAUGGCAUCUGCAAAGACCUUAUUUCCAAAUAAGGCACAUUCAUAGAUUCUAGGUGGACAUUACUUUUGUGGAGACACUAUUUGAUCCAGGACAGAUAUACUUAUUUAAAUACAACUCACAUGAUUUUCAUGUGAAAUGGCUUCCACAUUCAAACACUUUCCACGUUUGUACAGCUGCCAUGCUCUGGGCCUUUGCUCCUCGGGUCUCAGCUGUGGCAUCUGGUGUGCCAGCGUCACUCACCACCAGUCCAUCCUACUGUAUGGGUGGGAGACAGAUGCCAGCUUGCCUGGCUAUGCACCUGCUGCAUGUGGGGUGCUGCAGAGGCACUUUAUGUGUAUGGUACUUAGGGAACUGAAGCCCCAAGGCUUUAUCUGUAAAAGUGAGAUUUAAUUUUUUAAGACUAUACUUUAUUUUUAUCUCAAAGACCCAGAUCUGUCUAAUGUAGAAACUAAUAGAAUCCUUUCCAGACAGAGGCACUGACUCCAGUGCAUUUUCUCAAUCAGUUCCCAUGGGGCCUUAGUUGUAGUUAGAAUUCAUGCCCCUCCACUCGCCUCCCCCAGGUUGAUGGGAAGCUCAUGGCUGAUGCCGAUGCCAGUGCUGCUGUCUGUGGACAGCUUGUGUCUUUCAGUUUGUGUGUCCCCGGCCACAGUGGGUAUGAGUUCUGGCCUAAGUGACAGCAUCAGGAUAGACAAAGGACUGCAGGGACCAAGUGACCCCUGGAUUCCUGCUUCACCUCAUCCUGCCGCAGUUCCCCUGGAGAUGUGCCUUUCACCCCCCGCUGUGACUGUGAGGCUUCCCAGCCAUGUGGAACUGGACUACCGGGGCGGUAUGCUGUCUGGGGACCUCUGCGAGGACCUGUGCGUGGCGGGAAAGCUGCUGUUCCAACGCUGCCUGCACUACAACAGGGGCAAGAAGGUGCUACAGGCUGACUGGCGGGGCCGGCCCGUUGUUCUCAAGUCCAAGGAGGAGGACUUCUCCAGUUUCCCGCCCCUCGGCCUGUUGGAAGGGGAGGGUGGCCAGGACAUCCCCGAGGCGGAACUCCUCCUGAUGGUGGCCGGGGAGGUUAAGAGCGCCCUGGGCCUGGAGCUGUCCAACAGCAGCCUGGGGCCGUGGUGGCCGGGCAGGUGGGGCCCGCGAUGGCGGGGACAGCUGGCCAGCCUGUGGGCCCUGCUGCAGCAGGAGGAGUAUGUCUACUUCAGCCUGCUUCAGGACCUCAGCCCCCAUGUGCUGCCCGUGCUGGGCUCCUGUGGCCACUUCUACGCCGUGGACUUCCUGGCUGCGGGCAGCCCCCACCACCGGGCUCUUUUUCCCCUGGACCCGGCCCUGGGUGGCCCUGGGGGUGGCCAGGCCAAGGCCAUCAGUGACAUUGCGCUCAGCUUCUUGGACAUGGUGAACCAUUUUGACAGUGACUUUUCCCACCGCCUCCACCUCUGCGACAUCAAGCCAGAAAACUUUGCCAUCCGGAGCGACUUCACAGUGGUGGCUAUUGAUGUGGACAUGGCCUUUUUUGAACCUAAAAUGAGGGAAAUCCUUGAACAGAAUUGCACAGGAGAUGAAGACUGCAAUUUCUUUGACUGUUUUUCAAGGUGUGAUUUGCGAGUCAACAAGUGCGGAGCGCAGCGCGUCAACAACAACCUACAGGUUAUCUGUGACAAAAUAUUUCGCCAUUGGUUUUUGGCACCUCUCAAGAGCGCUGCAGUCUCUUUCCAGCUUCAGCUGCAGUUACAGGAGGCGGUGCAGGAAUGUGCAGACCCUGUGGUCCCCAGCGGGAACACCCAGAGAGCAGCCCCCAGCAUGUUCUGGAAGCUUCGCAGACUCCUCCAAGCCACACUGAGGGAGCUGCAGGAGGCAGAGAAGUAGCCACUUUCUGGCCUUGAACAAGCUCACACAGAAAAAAAGAGAGCUUGAUGGAUUCCUUCUGCCAUCGUUUUAAAGAUGAGCCAUUUCCCUGUGCAAACCAGUGAUCUCUGGGGUGCUGUUCUGGCCUCCACAGUAUGGAGUGCCAAGUGCUGCUUCCAGAGACGUACCUCCCUCGAUCUGGUCCUGCCCUGGCCUCUGACCUGUUGCCUGGUGUAAAAUGAGAUGAGGGAGGGGGUGCGGUACAGAGCAUUUUACUUCAGGGCUCUCUGUCAGAAGACACAAACCUGUGUGCGAUUGCUCGAAGCAGAGAGCACUUGUAUCUGGUUAUACCAGCAGAGUUCCAGCUGUUCUUUCCCAUACAUCGUUACCACAUUAAAGUGUGUGUGCAUGCAAAUGAAUGUGUAUGCCUGUGCCUGGGUGCACAUGAGCAUGUGAGCAUGUGUGAGCGUGCACACAUGUGCCCAUGAGUGUCUGCAUGUGUGUGUGUGCACAGGCGAGUGUGCUCAUGAGGCAUAUGUAUGCCUGUGUGAAUGUGUAUACGAGUGUGAAUGGGUGUGUGCACAUGAGUGCACAGGUGUCAGCAUGUGUAUAAGUCUGGGCACAUGUACAUGACUGAGUGUGAGCAGGUGAGUGUGUUGGGGAUGUGUGUUAGGGUGGGGAGUGGUGCUUUCUCUAAUGUGUCCUCUGGAACAGCUUGUCAACCAAGCAAAGAAGUGUGACCUUUCUUUUGGAAUACAAUAAAAAAAAUACAUCUUUA